AUGAAAAACAAUGGGUCUGGUAAGGACGACGACGACUUUUGGAAGAUCUUAAGCGAGAGUGAUAGUGAGUAUGAGUCUGAGAUAGGUCUGCUUUUCAAGCCCAAGAGGAAUGUUGAGUGUCCGAGACCUGAAAUUAAGGAUGGAAUCCAAAAGGUCGAAGGCUCUGAUGAAAGCAAGAAGGAUGCACCGGAGGAGAAUUCUGAAGAAGUUGUUUGUGAAAGAAUGAAUGAUUUUCAGGAAAGUGGCAGGGAUAAGAGAAAGGAUGAGAACAUAGAAGAGGUUCAAGCCUAUAGGGAAGAAGAGAAAGAUAAGUCUCUUGGAGAGGAAGAGCCUGAGGAUGAUAAAGGUAAUGAUGAGGUAGAAAAUACCCAUGAUAAAGGCACGGGGUUGAAAUCAGAAGUAAACACUACUUCUGGGAUCUUAAGCGAGGCAGGGCCAAAAGUGUCUUCUGUGGAUGAAAUGGAUUUUCUUUGGGAUGAUGAUGAUGACGAAGAGUUUAUAGUAGGGGAAGUGACCAAUAUGAACAUAGAGAAGGGACCUUCUAACGAUGAAGAUGAUUUCAAAAGCACAACAGAUUCAUUGAAACAUGCAUCUUAUGUAGCAGAGGAGCACGUUAAAAAAGAUGAGGAAGAGCAAGAAGAUAGCAUGGAGCAUGAAAAGCCUGAUUCUGAGGACUCAGUUACUAAGCCUCCAUUAAAACCCCUGAACUCCAAGAUGGAUCCCAUGAAACCUAAGCCCUUAGCACGAUUUGUAUGUGGAAGCCUACUUACUGUUUUUAUGUCUUCUCAAAAAAGAUUCAAUAUGCAAGGAGAGGCAAUUCAGAAUUACAUAAAUAUUUCUCAGUGGUACAGGCUUGAUUACGUUCUUCCAGACAUUAAGCCUUCUAAUUUUAUCGCAAGUCGAAAUAACAGGGAUGAUAGAUAUCAGCAUGUUUAUGAACUGAUCCAAUUGAAAACACCGUCUAUAGACAGUAUUACUAGCAUUGUUUCUACUUCAAGGCCGGCUUAUUGCAGUAGGGAUAUUAAUAGGUCUGUUAGUGCAGAGAAUAUGAAUAAGCUUAUAGGGUUAUGCAUGGAGGAUCCGGACAAGGCUCUUGAAUAUGCAAUUGAAAAUGAGAUAUGGGAGGCUGGGAUUCUGCUAUCGAAAUGGACAAAAGACAUUGGAAAUAGGUUCUUGGAGAAGUACUGUGACAGCCCCUACGCUCAGUUGAUAUCCUCUGCACUUGGGUUUUCAAGGUGUCCUUUUAAGUUUCAUGGAGAUUGGAAAAAAUACAUUAGAGAAGUUUUAAGCACCAGGAAUGCGGAUGUUAAUAAUGACUUUAUAAUGCAGGUCUUUGGUGUUAGCGUUCCUGAUGCGUUGUUUGUGGUAUUGGCGUCGUACUUCCUUGGGGUUAUUGAUAUCAAUAAGUACCUAUGGAUGUUUAGCAAGAAUUUUGAGGUACUCAAUAUCCUUUGUUAUGUCGAGUAUACUGGUAGAAGUGUAAAAGACAUUGACAUUCUUAAGUAUGAGUUUGUUUCAACUGGAAUAGAGUUUGACAGAACGAAGGCGGAGGAGUACUUCAAAGCAAAUAGAAAGUGCUUUAGAAAGGAGCUUGGGGGAGAUCUUGACUCUGUGUUUGAGACUAGAUGGUCUUUUGGUCUUAAGAGUGUCUUUGACUUUGGAAUCAAAAAGAUUCUUAAUGUGGAUAGUCUUGAGGAUGAUCCUAAGAAGAUUGAGGCUCCUGUCUCUUCGGACGUGUCCUUAGAGGCCACUAGCCAGGAACUUGCCUCCAGAUGUGAUCUUGGGUCUAGGAUUCCUAGCUUGAGCAGUAAAAGCGAUGCAAUGCUAUCUAUCUCAGAUAGUAAAGUGAUUGGAAUAGAUGCUAAGUUUGAAAAGAGAGAAGCAGUAAAUGAAGUAUUAAAAGUAGAAGAGAGUGGUAAGCCAUCGGCAGGUGAAUACGAGCAGAUAUUGAAGGUUAGUGAGAUUAAAAAGAAUGGUAUAUACAGCCUGCCUCAAGAGGAAAUCCUAUUGAAACAUGAUGAAGGAGAAACAAAAGCGAAGGAUGAGGAACUAUCUGUUAACAGCAUGCCUUGUGACAUUAAAGAGCGGAAUAAUUUAUACAUGGAUACAAAGCAAUCAAAGAGCUUUGCAGACUUCUUCGAAGGCAAUAAAAGAGAAGAGGAAGUUAGAAGCGAAGACGAUACAAGCUUAUUUCUUUCUAGGUUUAUUGACGAUGAACCUUCCGAUCCGGGAACAAAGAAAAAGGAACAGAAAAAAAGUGGGUCAUUCUUUGGGUUCUUGAAUGUGUUUAAGAAGGAACCUGUUCAUAAAGCAAAGAUUGAUAUUGAUGACGACUUCCGAUAUGACCCUGUGGAGAAGAAGUGGGUGGGAGGAACUUCCAAUGAAAGUAAGAAAGGAGAUAGUCCGGUGCUAAAGCCUAGAGAAAUACCAAAGCCGAAGAUGGGAAUGGGGAUUCCAACCAAAGGUGGGUUAGACAUGAAUGUUACAUCUAUGUAUGCAAAUAGAAAAAGCGCUGGGAAUAAGAGUAUUCCUGGAGUUUUAAGUAAAAAAGAAUGA